AUGUCAUCGGGACUUCCGCCGAUUCUCGCGUCGGCUCAACCGGCUGCCAACGCCUUUAGGUACCGUAAUGGAGGCGAGGAAGCCUCAAGAAGAGCAUUCAUUUUUCCAGUUUCAACAACGGAUUGACGCCAUUCGGCUACUUUUUCCCGCAGAUUCCGGGCGUCGCUCCGAACGGACAGUUGUCCGCCAACACGCCCAAUUCGGCGUCGUUGAACCGAUUCAAAGUGAAGAGGCAUCGGCAGAGAGUGGACGCCGGCGAGCCGCGGAAUACCUAUCAGGUAGGAGGAGUGUUCAAGUAGUGGAUCUUACAAACCUUCAAGACGAUAUAUCUCAGCUGUCUGAUGAGAUAUCAACUAGUGGUCAACUGACAAAAUAUGCACACUUUCUUGGAGAACGAUUCAUUAGUUGACAACUUUUUGAUAUAUCUUUAGACAACUGAGAUAUAUCGUCUUGAAUAGACGGUGUCUUCAUCACAUCCACGCACUUUCUCAUCAAUCGAUUUCGCUAAUAUAUUCUGCCUCGGUGGCAUCUGUAUUCCUAAUCAGUUCCUCCCUCUUCUCUUCUCCUCCCUUCCCUUCUCUUCACUUUUUCAUUCAUUCCAGGGCACCACCACCACCACCUCCUCCUCUUCCUCCAUCACUUCCAACUCGUCUGCCACGUCUUCUGCCACCUCAUCAUCCAUCCAAUUCACUCCGAAAUUCGAGAAACGUGAAGAAGCGAUGACACCGAGUGUCGAGGCGGAAGCACCGAUCGGAGAACAGGUACUUCCGCCGGUCCGCAUGGGGGGCAAAGCCGAUUAACCUCGAAAUGUUUUAGGAGAAUACUCAGGAGGAAGACGUUUCCGUUUCGAUCGAAGCAGCCAAGCCGGAGGAAGGCGACAAUGAGAGCGGCGGAAUGUUCGAGAACGAUGACGUCAUCGAGGAGGAGUUUGGCGAGCGCGAGAGCCCCGGAAGCAACAGCUCGUCGGCGUCGAAAAGAAAGUGCUUCUUGCCGCAGAAAAUCGGAGAACAACUAGGAAUCGAGAUCGGAGAAGGUGCCAGUACCCAUCAAGAACUUCCAGGAGCUCAUUGUCUUUCAGAAACCGAACAAAUCCAUGUGACGGUGGGCGGAACAUCGGAAGAGCCGCCGGCGGACGAGCCCGAAGAGGCAGAGGCAGCAGAAUCGAAAGAACUGUCGGCGAUUCGGUGCCAACUGCAGAACGGCAACUUUGCAGAGUCGCAGAGACGCGUCUACGCCGCAUUCAUCGAGCAACAAAGGAAGCAAGUGACCGCUUCUCAGGUAUAUAUAUAUUUAAGAAUAAUCGGAGAGCCAACCAACCACAAACACGAAUGAUUCAGAUGGGACAGCUCGUGCAGGCGAACAAGAUCAACUUCGAUCUGCUGAUUUCGAUGCUCAAGAACGAGAUUGUGAACGGGCUCGCGAAGAACAUGGAAAAGGUGGUGAGGGACUGGAUGGCCGACGAGAUGGCCAAGCUCGAGGCGGCUCAGGUCACCGCUCCACCGCCCCCAUUCCAUCCGAUGUUCGCCAACAAUCCGCUCUUCCACUUGCCCACACCACACCGUAAGUCUCCAUUCUCCCUCUCUCUUGUCUCUACCCUCCGCAACCCGUUUGCCCGUCGGCCGAAUGGUCUAGUGGUAUGAUUCUCGCUUUGGGUGCGAGAGGUCCCGGGUUCAAUCCCCGGUUCGGCCCAUCUUUUUCAUUUUUUACUCCAUUUUCAGCAGUUGGUGGCGGCGGUAUCUUCCCAACGAACUUCAACGCGUUCAAUGCGCUCUCGGCGCUCCGCAAAAACUUCCAGGAGAACGAAAUGGAGAAUAGGCGGAAAAGGAAGUUGGACAUGAAGCGCGAAGAGGUUAUGAGCAGCCGAGCGUCUCCGCUCAGCGCCUCGGCGAGUCCGCCGCUCGGAAGAUUCUUCCAGGCGCCCACGAUGGUCGCCCAUCCCUACGGCGCCAUGAAUUUCGUGGACCGCGAGGACUCGCCGACCAACUCCGACGAGCUCAGCGACUGCGGCUUCGAAGGCAACGGAUCGAACUCGCAGUUGACGCCGAUGCACCUGCGGAAGGCGAAGCUCAUGUUCUUCUACACGAGAUAUCCGAACUCGAACCUGCUCAAAUCCUACUUCCCGGACAUCCGAUUCAACAAGAACAACACUGCGCAGCUCGUGAAAUGGUUCAGCAACUUCAGGUCGGUCCUUGACAAAAUCCCAUUUAUGCUUUUUAUGAUGAUGAUCAUGAUGAUGAUGAUGAUGAACAAACGCCUUCCCAACUCGUUUCCGUCUCCAGACCAAACAAUGGAGGAGAACCUCUUAAAAGACGGGCACGGUCUUAGGUGUGACACGCGUCGUUGACGUCGAAAAGGAUGUCUUCGUCGCCUCCCCCUUUUUCUUCAUCAUAAUGCCCCUCUUUUCGGAGGAGGAAUGGGAUUAUUUAUUUGAAUUCAUCAUUUCAUAGACGAGAGGGGUGUUCAAACACAAGCAUUUCAGAGAGUUCUACUACAUCCAAAUGGAGAAAUUCGGGCGACAACUGCUGGCCGAAGGCGUUCGCGAUCGAUCGGAAAUUUUUGUGACCAAGGACUCCGAGCUGUUCAAAGUGCUCAACACCCACUACAACCGUAACAAUCAUAUCAAGGUCAAACCUUUUUUUUAAUUGUUGUUUAACUCAAAUUUUGUUUUCAGCCACCAGAUCGUUUGGUUCUUGUGGUCCAGGAGACUCUGCGUGAGUUUUACGAUGCUAUCAAGUUGGGAAAAGACGCGGAACCAUCGUGGAAAAAGACCAUUUACAAGGUUUGUAGAGCAAAUGUUAGUUUACGUCAAUGGGGAUCGAACCGAACCAAAACCAAAACGGCGCCAACAAAAUAGAAGAGUGCUCUGCCACUGCGCCACGCGUGGCACCCUUCGGCAAGCUCUCUAAGGCCUACUCAAGAAUGCGCACGUUUCAGGUCAUCAACCGCAUGGACGACCAAAUUCCCGACUUCUUCAAAGAGCCCAACUUUCUGGAGCGCCUCGAAUCUUGA